AUGGUCAACAGUGAUUAUCAUCUGAUAUUCGGCAAUCCAGAUCCGAUGAGACAGAACACAAACUCGUUCGAAGCAGAAAAUGCCCAACACAAUUUAUUUAUUCUGGUAAAACUGGUAAUCAAAGUAAACGAAUUGAUAAGCAGACAACAUACAGACAAAAAGUCUUCAAUGGUACUUCAAAAACUAUUUGAAAUCAUUUUCAAUGCAUGGGAAGAGCAGACCUACAAACUCAGCAAUGCCUUGUGGAACACUUUCAGACACUGUGGUGGAAUGGAUUCAUUAAUUUAUAAUUGUGCGUCAGAAUAUGAAAUUGAACAUUUUUCAAAUACUAGAUUUCUGGGAAAAUACCUGACAGAAACUAGCGACUGCGUAUUGAAAAAUGUAGAAGAAAAAGUGUUGAGCAUGGAAUGUAAAUACAAAACCCAAGUUAGAUCGGUCGAUGGAUUUAAGUUUAAUUUCGGAAUAUUUGAAAGUUUAUUCAAACACUUCGAAAUCACUUUCAUUGAUCCAAACGAAAUAAAUGGUUUGGGCGUACUUCUCGACGAGUGGCGACGACAAGAUUUCGUGACUCUUAAGCAAUCCCUCAAUGUACUUUUCAACUUAUGGAGGGAUUAUGAAUGCCCAAAAAACCAAAAUAUUAUGAUAAAGCAUAACGUACACUCACGGUUUUUCACGUUGAUUUUUAAGACUGAAGACAAUGUCAAGUAUUACAUUGCCAUUUUGAUCACCGAUAAUGAAGUCGGGACAGCAAUAAUUAAAUCUAAAAUACCGAUGGUGAUACCCAAGACUAAUUUAGUAAAUGUGUGUGGCCCAAGCCAAAUGUGCUUAGAAAAACGUACUCCUGUUUUGAAUUCUGAUAGCGAGGAAGCGUCAAAUGCGUCCAAAGUCAGAAUCAACAAACAGCUUAGUAAGAAAAGUAUGUUCAGAGCGAUAAACGUUAUUAAACCACUGAAGAAUGUACCAAUUUGCUCUAAUGAGACGGCAUCCAGGUUAGCAGAUCAAUCGUGUCAGUUGAUCGCCGAAGAAGUUCCGUACAGGCUGAACAUACGUGUUCACCAGUGGUCGGAGGAGGACGUCCGUAAAUGGUUCAAAAAGAAUGGGUUUAGCGAGUUUGCCAGUAAUUUAUUGAAAAAUCGAGUUGAUGGUGAUCUAUUAUUGCGAUUGACCGAAGAUGAAUUGAAAAACGAAAUCGGAAUACACAAUGGAAUAUUGAAAAAUAGAUUUAUAAGGGAACUAAACAAUUUAAAACAAUCAGCCGAUUACAGUAGUAUCGACACAACCGAUUUAAACUCGUUUCUAAAAUCAAUCAGUUCGGAGUAUUCUGUGUACACGUAUCCCAUGUUGAACGCUGGGGUCAAACGGGAUUCAAUGAGACUUUUAACUGAUGACCAACUCAAAAAUGAUUGUGGAAUUUCAAACGGUGUUCAUCGAAAUUGUAUAUUAGCCUCGAUCAAAGAAAUGCCGGUGUACGUGGAAAACACGGACAAACCUUAUGACGUGUUUAUCAGUUACAAAAGAUCUACUGAUUCUCUGCUGGCUAGUUUGCUUAAAGUAUACUUGAAAAUUCAAGGUUACAAUGUGUUCCUCGACGUGAAACGAUCGGAUGAUGCCAAAUCUCGACAUCGUGUAUUGCAGACCAUAAGACAGACGAUGAAUUUUAUUAUUGUGUUGACGCCAGGUGCGUUAGACAAGAAUUUGAUGGAUUCGUCAGCCGGUGAUAUCGAAACUUUAGAUUUUAUUUGUGAGGAAGUCACGACCGCGGAACAAGCCCAAUGCAAUAUAAUACCAGUAUUGGACAACAGUUUUACUUGGCCUCCACUGCACUGCUACCAGACGACUUGA